AUCUGUAAACUGUCAGUGGUAGGGAACAGGCUCGGCGGACAACAUGGCGGUCCAUCACUAUGCUGGCAAGUCGGUGAAGUCUGGCGCAGCCCCCCUAAAAUGUUGCGACAUAAAUUUCCCUUGACGGGAAAUGGGUGGUCCUCCCACAACAACUGACACGGACGAGACACAACAGACAGCUAAAAGUCUUGUUUGUUAGGUUUAAGCAAUAGAAACGUAUGGUGUUUAUAUAACAGAAACCGCACAGACAUUAAUUCUGACACCAGUUGGAAAUCAGCAUGGUGUCCGUGGGACUAUACCAACUGGUGAUGGCAGCCUGCCUUUCCUCUGUACUCCAGGCUUCAAAUGGGGAGACCAACUAUUUGCUGAUAGCCCCGCAGUCUCCAUUGGUGGAGAUUGGGACUAACUUCACAGCCACAUGCAUUCUCAACACAAAGGAAGUCACGUCAGAUGACCUUUUCUGGACUUGGUCUGGGACUACUAUACCCACAGAACAGUACACCAAGAUCAAUGGAUCAGUUCUCAAUGUCACUAUCCCCAUCGUCGAUGAAGUCCCUGGAUGGUUAUUUUGCAAAUGCAAGAAGGAGAACACCUUUUGUUUCUUGAACAGCGGCAAAAUUGUUCACGGGAUCAUGCUUAAGAAAGGCUAUCCUCCGAGGAAGCCUGAGAAUCUCUCCUGCAUUGCACUUCAGGAAGGAUGGUCUAUCUCUACAAAAUUCAGCUGUAAGUGGGAACCAGGACGCCAGAACAAAGAUGUCGUUACAUCUUACACACUGACUGUUGCAGUGAUCCUUGGACGGAACUAUACUGCGGUAACAACUGAAGACAAUGUCCAAGUGACGUUUGAGGAUAGCUUCCCCAAUCACAUGUCGCUGGAGGUCUGGGUGGAGGCACACAAUCGACUGGGACGAAUCCAAUCGGAGCAUCUGCAUAGGGAUGCUAACGGCUUCGUGAAAACAGACCCUCCAUCAAACAUCAAAGUCAUUUCAGAAAAUAUUUUUGCUACCUCCCUUGUGAUAAACUGGACUCAACCUCUUCGUAAAGAAUAUGUGAAGUUAAGCUAUGAAAUAAGAUACUGCCCAGAAGGAUCUGAAAGUUGGACUUAUGUACCUCUUGUGGACACUGCCAUGGACAUACAGUCAUUCAGACUCCAGAACCUUCGGCCAGACACAGUAUAUGUCACUCAAGUGCGCUGCAAAAAUGCUAAAGAGGGUCAGGGUUACUGGAGCAACUGGAGUACCAACGCUACCAAGAGGACACCAGAAUACAAACCAACAAGUAAACCAGACGUUUGGAGAAGCAUUGCUGAAGCUGACGGUGUAAAUGAAGUGCAGUUCAUUUGUAAGGACCCUGUGUUUAGCAAUGGGAGGAUAACAAGAUUCAACAUAAGUAUUCAAGACCCAAAGGACAAAGUCAAGAAUAGGAGUUCAGAUUGGGAGAGCAUCCCAGUCAACAUGUCAGACAGCAACUCUAGCCAGCAGAAGAUCACUUUACUUAAACAGAUUCACCUGGCUGACAAGAAAUCUGUUAGAGUGACCGUCAAAGCUGUCAAUUCAAUGGGGGAAUCUCCUGAAGCAUCCUUGGUCAUCUCAGAAAAAUCACAGGAGCCUGCACCAGUGAAACUGCUGAAUGUGUGGCCCAGUGGUGGCCAGCUGUGGGUGGAAUGGACCCCCCCCAACAGUCCUCUGUCAGAGUAUGUGGUGGAGUGGGUCAGUGGUGGUCAGAUAGACUGGCAGAGGGUCAACAGAACUACCAGACGCAUUCCCAUUGCAGGCAACCUUAAGAAGUUUGUUUGCUACAAUGUAUCUGUGUAUCCAAUAUACUCUGGAUGGAUUGGGAAGCCAGCAAGAAUGGAAGCCUUUCUGGAACAAGGAGCUCCGUUAAAAGCUCCUGAAAUCAAAUGCACAGCAGGACAUAAUGAGGCAGAGCUAAAAUGGGAUCCAAUUCCCCAAGACCUUCGGCAAGGCUUCAUCACCAACUACACCAUAUUCUAUCAAAGUGGAGAGGAAAAACACAACAUAACAGUGUCAGCUGACACCACCUCAUACACUCUGAAGCCAUUGUCGGACAACACCAAUUACAUAACUUGGAUUAAAGCUUCAACCAUCGGAGGCUCAGCCAUAAGCCUUAAUCACUCAUUCAUCACUCGGAAAUAUGCUCCAGGAGAGGUGGAGAGCAUCGUGGUCGGAGUGUGCUUGGGCUUCCUGUUUAUUUUUGUCAUGACCAUGCUGGUCUGUGUCUACAAAAAAGAUGUGAUCAAGGAGAAUUUCUGGCCCGAGAUUCCAAACCCUGGAGAGAGCACCAUUGGAAGUUGGUCUCCUGAUUAUCCUUUGAAAGCAGAGACACCGAAGCAGAACUGUUUAUCUGGCAUCAGUGUGCUCGAUGUGGAUGUGUGUGAUGGCAAAUGUGUGUUUGAGGAGGACAAGGCCAGCCUGUCUCUGAAGAAGGAUAAGUAUCUGUCAGAAGAACACAGCAGCGGCAUCGGUGGCUCCUCCUGCAUGUCCUCUCCUCGCCAGAGCGUGUCCGACAGCGACGAAGGCGGCGACAUGGCCGACACCACAGCCAGCACUGUCCAGUACUCCUCGGUGGUGGCCUCCAACGGUUACAAGGGCCAGACUCCCAACUCCCAACCCCAGCAGGCCAUUUUUUCACGGUCUGAGUCCACGCAGCCCCUGCUGGACUCUGAGGAGAACCCAGACAUGUUGGUGCAGGAGGGCAGCAGACAGUCGCAGUGUUUCCCCCGACAGCCCUGCUUCACGCGCGCUGCAGGCAACCAGGACAGCAGCAGCCAGCUGGAGACGGAGCAGCAGGAGGUGCUGGAGCCUCUGGAUUUAUGUCCCCUGGAAGAUGACUUUGAGCAGACGACGCCUUCUGACGGCCAGUCGGCUGUACCACUGUCCAGCUACAUGCCUCAGCUGGGUGGCUACAGACCCCAGUAACAACACAGACACACAACAUGUGUCAUCUAUGUGAUUUUGGUCAUUCUUAAAGACAAAAGACCGCACCAGUUUAUCUUUUACCCCUAACCAAGAAUAAAUAAUCCAGAAUGCUUUGGAGCUUUCGGGACUAGGAUUAGUUUGCUUGCUUUGCACUUAAAUGGAAAAUGAACACAGCCACAUCUUUAUAGCGAAAUAACGUGCAAAACACACGGCAUAUGUAUGUACAGUCAUGUCACAUGUUGCAUUUCAUUCUGUGUGAAGCACUGUUCAAAAGUGAAGGGUGCUGCAGCAGACGUUGUGUGUGUUGGAGCAGAUGCUUACUGAGCGCCCUCUGGUGGCGGCAUGGGAUGCAGGGACCAUGUUACCGGGCUUCGAAUGUCCACAGAGUAUGUUUUCACUUUAAGAAUAUACACUGCAAAUUAAUGUAAUCAAAUAACAAAGUUCACACUGACAUGUCACCAGUGCAGUGCCAGUGCACCAUUAACUGCCUUUAAAUAUAAAAAUAUUAUGCAUAUCUGAGUUAUGUAUAGUUUCUAGCUAAUGUGAUACCUUUAGUUUAAGGAUCACUCCACUGCUUUAAUUCCGUAUGUAAGGUCUUUAAUGUUUAUUUCAUUCCUGAAAGGGAUUCCUGUGACAGGAGGCAGUGGCUUAAGUGGGGAAGAGUCCAGUUUAGAUUGGUUCCAGUGUUCCUACAGUGUCCCCCCUCACCUCAGUCUGUCAGAGCAGCCAUUCUUUCUUAUCAUAUUACAAUGGUCAAACUUCAUAUGCAAUGUGCUGUGUUUCUAUGCUCGUCUCUAAUAACCCCCUGAUAUUUCACCUUUCACUAACAUCAGCUUGAUGCUACAGCUCUGAGUGAUUAUUGGGGAGCGACCUGACAAUGUGAUCAAUGACUCACUGUGAUCACUGACCUGCUCCCAGCAGCAACAAGUCUUCAUGUCUGAACUGCUCUGAAUAGCUUUGAGGACUGCAAAGCUCUGGACGAGAGAAACAGGAAAUAAACCUGAAGGCUAAAAGUCUGCUUCUCUGCAAAGACUUUGAGUGAACAAACAUGGAACUGACAGUCG